AGCCCACAUCACAGCCACAGAACACCAGCUGCUCUCGCGGAUGGUGACUCACAUUUCGGAGGUAGGCAUAACGAAGUGCUCAGAGCUGCAACGGACACUUGACCUGGAGAAGGAGGCCGAUGCCAGAGAUCGUCUGGAUUACCUUGUGAGCAGAGGGGCUGUUCAGGGGUUCAUAGAUGACCAAGGAACGUUCGUUACGUUUGACGAGACUAUGCUUCAGACAUUAGCAGCUACCAUCAACGAGACUGGCCGUAUCAGCACGAGUGCGCUGGCAGAUCUGAUGCAUACACUAGCGAUGACCUCACAGUCUGUGCGUAUAAAAAGUACCUCCGCAGGACACGACGUCGAUGAGCAUUCAGCAUGUGCGGCAGAUCAUUUCACACACGACGCCACUACAACGCCAUCGGCUGAUAGACACUCAGCCCACACACGUGAAGAGUCGUAGUAGUGAGGUGUGUAGGUAGCAAUCGGCUAAUAGACACUCAGUCCACACAUGGGCAGAGUCGUAGUAGUGAGGUGUGUAGGUAGCAAUCGGCUGAUAGACACUCAGCCCGCACAUGGGAAGAGUCGUAGUAGUGAGGUGUGUA